GUUCGAUGCUGUUGGUUGAACGCGAAGUAAAUAAUGGCGGAGUCAUGUAUUGUUAUUACGUGUAGACGAUAAUGGUUAUUUGUAUCUUGGCACGCAAACGUACAAGACAUCGGUCUUAUUUGGGAGAAUGUACUAUUUCAAACAUCUCGUGCCAAUGUGAGGCGAUGCCUGUAACGUGAAAGUGUGGAAAUUCGAAAAUUGCACUUGCAUUCAGUGAGGCGAAGUAAACAACGAUAUAACUAUUUACCGAGUUUUUUUUUUGACGAUUACAACGGACCGUCGCACGUUUGUUUUCUCAUUGCAAAUGGGAAAGAUGAACCGCAGAUGUAUCAAGCGACACAAACGAGUUAAAGAAUAUUUUUGAUAACGUUUCCUUUUCUGUUUGUGUGAUGUAAAAGCAGAUUGACGUACGUGUGCUCACCCACCGUACGUGUGUGUUACUUGUGCCUGACAAAAUACCGAUUUUGUUAUUCACCAUGGUACAUGGUACCCUACCGAACGCAUACAAGUAUAAUUUUUGGGCAGAGAGGCCCGGAGAUGCACAAGAACCAGCAGUGGUGGAACUCACGUGCCUGAUGCCAAAUGGUGUUGUCAUACCAUUUGAGAUCAAUCGUAAUAUUACCUUAGACCAGAUCAAAGAGGAUCUCUGGGACGAGGCUAGUAAGUAUCCUCUCCAUGGAACAUUGAAGGAUGCACCGUCGUAUGUAUUCUCGUGCAUCAACUCAAACGCAGAGGUAGAAGAAUUGCGGGAUGAAACAAGACGUCUCUGUGAUAUAAAACCUUUUUGUUCGGUGUUAAAAGUUAUAGAACGCGAAGGUAAAAGUGAUAGGAAUUUAGAUUCUCAAAUUGGCCUCUUAAUCGGUAAAGGCCUGCACGAGUUUGCAGCCUUGAAAAAUUCCGAGGUCAACGACUUCAGAUGGAAAAUGCGGCUUUUGGGAGAUGAGGUGGCGUUAUCUAGGCAAAAUAAAUGCUGGACGGAAAAAGUGCAUUAUCAGUUUCCUUCGAGGAUAGCGCCGACAUCUACUAUACCUAAAAAUAUAGAAACUCGUUUGAAAGACGGAAAUAUCGUUUUAGUUACAAAAUUCGAAAAUUCCGAGACAAUGUUCACCUUCCAAAUAUCACAUACCACUACGCCACCCGAGUUGCUCGAGAUAAUCCUGAACAAAAGGGCGAAUACUCUUAAUACUCGAGGUGAACAACCUAAUGACUUUACACUUAAGAUUUGCGGACAAGAGGAGUAUUUGAUCGGCGAUAAGAUUUCGCUCAUACAAUUUAGCUAUAUUCAAGAUUGCUUAGCGAAAGACAUUACACCAACGCUGGUUACACUCAGCAAGCAGAGUGUACCUGUGGACCAAGAUAACGCCUUCGACAAUCCGGACGCCGAUAUGCUGCAGCGUACGAAACCGUCGUCCUCGACGUUAACAUUGCGCAAGAAAGGAAAGCACAUUUCGACGUUGAAGAUCGAGGAACCAUUCAUGUUUACCGUAAAUAGAAUUUCUCGACUUAAUUGCGACGCCGCUCAUCGAAUUGUGGAGAUCGGAUUGCAAGCUGGUCUUUUUCACGGUGGAAAAUCUCUGUGCGAGAGUCAAAAAACCAAAGAAAUUAUCGUUAAUCCCGAUGACAGCUGCGAAUGGGAAGAGAUCCUCAAAUUCGACAUCAAAGUCCGAGAUAUACCGCGAAUGGCACGCCUAUGCUUUGUAUUAUAUGAAAUCAGCAAAACUGCGAAAGGUCUGAAGAGCAGAAAGCUGGUCAGAGAUUCGAAACAGGAAUUUUUCAUAAAUCCUUUAUGUUGGGCGAAUACGACGAUAUACGACUUUAAGUCCCAAUUGAAAACGGGCGCUACGACGUUGUAUACGUGGACGUACGCAGAGGAUAUACAGAAUGACGAUCUGCUUCAUCCGCUUGGAACAGUGGUCUCCAAUCCGCAUAUAGACAGAGCAGCUGCGCUCAUGUUAACGUUUCCAAACUACGGGAAAGAUCAGUGUGUUCUUUAUCCCACGCCGGAGAAAAUGGUCGAGUAUGCCCAAACGUUGCGAGAACAAUCCGCGGAACGCACGGUCAAAGACGAAUUGAAUCAAGAGUCUGAUGUUAGUCAACCGUUGGAGCAAUUGAGAUUACUAGCCGACAGGGAUCCGUUGCACGAAUUACACGAACAAGAGAAGAAGACGAUGUGGGUGUUGAGGCAUCACUGUCUUCGUGAAAUUCCGACGCUUUUAGCAAAAUUAUUACAGUGCGUCGAGUGGAAUGAUCAUAGGGAAGUCGCGGAGGCCACGGCUCUUAUACAGCAAUGGCCGAAAUUACCGGUUGAAAAGGCCUUGGAGCUGCUGGAUUAUGCUUAUGCGGAUCAAAAUGUCAGAAACUUUGCGGUUCACUGUUUAAGAGACGUCACCGACGAUGAUCUCAGUCUUUACUUACUGCAGCUGGCUCAAGCGUUAAAGCACGAGAAUUAUUUGGCGUGUCCUUUGACGGAAUUUCUCUUAAAACGGGCGCUUAACAAUCAACGGAUAGGACAUUUUUUAUUUUGGCACCUCAGGUCAGAGAUGCAAGUCGGCGCUGUAUCCGUUCGCUUCGGUUUAAUACUGGAGGCGUAUUGCAGAGGAAGUCAACAGCACAUGCGAUCGUUGUUCAAACAGAUGAAGUGCUUGGAUAAAUUGAAGAGUGUUUCGGAACAAGUGAAGCUGAAGAAGGAUCGUAAAGCGGCGCUUCAGGCCUUUCAAGACUUCAUCCAAGAACCGCACUGCCAGGAAGCAAUAUCCGAUGUCCUUAACCCCCUUGAUCCCAGUUUCAGGUGGAACACCAUCAAAAUCGAAAAAUGUCGAGUGAUGGACAGCAAGAUGCGACCGCUUUGGCUGGUCUUCGAGAACAGCGAUAUUUUUGGUGACGAUAUUUACUUGAUUCUCAAGCACGGAGACGACUUGAGGCAAGACAUGUUGACACUUCAAAUGUUACGUAUUAUGGAUAAGCUGUGGAAGAAGGAGGGCUUGGAUUUGCGCAUGAAUCCAUACGGUUGCAUAUCGACGGAGAACAAAAUUGGGAUGAUAGAAGUGGUGUUAAAUGCGGAAACGAUCGCGAACAUUCAAAAGGAGAAGGGCACGUUUUCUGCGACGGCGGCUUUCAGGAGAGGUUCUUUGUUAGCUUGGCUGAAGGAUCACAACCACACGGAAGCGGCAUUGAACAAAGCCAUCGAGGAGUUUACUUUAAGUUGCGCGGGUUAUUGCGUCGCGACAUACGUUCUCGGAAUAGCCGAUAGACAUUCCGACAAUAUAAUGGUGAAGAAGACCGGGCAACUGUUUCACGUCGAUUUCGGUCACAUUUUGGGCCACUUCAAGGAGAAGUUCGGAUUCAGGCGCGAACGCGUGCCCUUCGUUCUGACCAAUGACUUCGUGCACGUUAUAAACAAGGGCCAAACGAAGAAGGGACACGCCGCUGAAUUUCAACGAUUUCAGAGUCAUUGCGAACAGGCUUUCUUGGUUUUGCGCCAACACGGUGGACUUAUAUUGUCUCUAUUCGCCAUGAUGAUAUCCACCGGGCUGCCUGAACUCUCGUCGGAGAAAGAUCUGAACUAUCUUAGAGAUACGUUGGUUUUAGAAAUGUCUGAAAGCGAAGCGCAGAAGCACUUUAGAAGCAAAUUCGACGAAGCCCUCUGUAACUCGUGGAAAACAUCGUUGAAUUGGGCGUCGCACAACAUGUCCAAAAACAAUAAGACUACAUGAACUGCGACAAUCGCACAACGCGAUAAUUUUAACGCGCUUAAGAAUACCGUCAUGACGUCAUCGAACGUAUUGUCCGCGCAAACGCGCCGAGAUGUGCGCUCUGACUCAUUUGACGAGCAUCGCGAGUGAUCGCUCGCUUUGAAGACUCGCGGAGAUUAAAGCCAGAGCUGUCGCCACGAUACUGGAGCCGAAAAGCCGGCGGCGACUGUAGCUCGUACAAUUGAGACUGUAUAAAGCGAUCGUUGCCUUUAGUGCUCAGCGUGCUCGUACUAUCGAGAGAGGUGAUCUCGAGAGGUAGCGGAAUCGCCGGUCGAGACUCAAAUACGUUAGGCUCGUACACUUUUAGAGCUCUAUCUUAUACAGCACAAACAGUCGGUGCCUACGUUCAGUCAACUGUUAAGGUUCUUCAAUGAUGGACGUACGGUACAUAUCAUUGAACAAGAUUCUUUUGACAUUUUAGUUUUGUUCGAACUUCGUUUAAGACGCUUGCACUUCCAUCGAUCGAUUGUAAAUUUUAAGUUGUGAGAAAUUAGAGUUUCAUUGAAGUAUGAUUAAAUCUCGUUAAAUUGAAUGUUGUUUUAAAAUGUUUAUCGCGAUACGUCGGAAAUCUAUGUGAUGAUGUUCGAUUAUAGCAUGAAUCUUGCUGGCAACAAAUGAGAAAAAUCUCGUCGUUUCUUUUAGUAUAAAGAAAUCGAUUUCUCUUCAUUUGUAUUUUACGCAGUGGAAAUUUUUGUUAUAAUUGAAACGUUAAAUGUGAUAUCGAAAAGUAUGUACGCCACAUUAUUUAAUUCGAAUGAAUGAAAGAGCUCGACGAUCGUUUCGACGAUACGAUGGAUGCUACGGUUUGUCCCUUACUGUUGGCAAUAGUGGCCAGAAGCAAUAUCUAUUUUGCAAAACUGCACACCGCAGCAUCUGUAAGACUAAAUGAUCGGCCCGAUCUUAAAUGACAAGUUCUCUUCAUUUCUUUUGCAGAAAUUAUGCGAAAAAUCAAUUGUGAAUCAAUUGAUGUGCAGUAGGUAUGCGCACUGCCGACUAUAGAUAUUUUUCUUACGUGACAUACGCCUAUGUUUGAAAGUUGAUUUCUUACUUAAGAGAGAAAGAGAGAGAGAGAGAGAGAGAGAAAAGAAGCAAACAAACGAUAAUUUUCGUACUGGUGACAAAUAAAAUUUCCUAAUUAUCAUCGUGCGUAAUAUCGUGUUUAAAAGUACAUACAUAUGCAAAUAAUAAAGCCACACGAGAGAUAAAUAUAUUUUGAUAAAUAUACUACAAUCCAUAUUAGCAAUAGUUAACUCAGUAGGAUCAUUCAUACUUCAGCACUAUCCUACAUAAUAGACUGUUACGCUUUCUAAAACGGCUCUAAAAUGCACGACCAUAUGCACGCUCCUCACAAUGUAAGAUAAGAUAAUGAUCUCUAAUACACUA